GGGGGGGCCGCGGGGGGGGGGGGGGGGGAUGCAUCCAAAGUAGCAGAUGACGAUGAGGCUCGAAUUGCAGAAAGUGGUUUGAAGUGUGCGCUAUAGCUGAUCUGAAUUGUCAUCGGGCGCCGUGUUAGAAGCAAUAAAUGAGUGCAAACUUCAGCUCGCUGUGCUGCCAAAAUGACCCGUUUGGAGUGCGGGCUUCACGCUGGACGUGGAGCUUCUCCAGUCUACUUCUUCCUACUACUUGUGACCGUGCUGGACAACUGCAAGCCUGGGCUGGGAUUACCACGACAACCAGUGAGAUUGCUCCAGGAUCUUCCUCAGUAUGAAGUGGUUCACCCCACUAGAGUGAAUGUCAGAGGUCACUUCCUGUCCAACUUCCUGUCUCAUCGUGCUCGCCGCGUACAGCGUCGCCAUGCCUCAGAGGAGUCCGUGGACUCAGACAGAGUCUUCUACCAGUUGUGGCACAGAGGCCACCGUUUGCACUUUAACUUGACUCUCAACCAACACCUGCUGGCCCCAGGCUUUUUGACAGAGCGUCGCUAUGGUGGCCUUAAAGGGGGAAAGAUCCGCCCCCCUGGAUCUGCGCAGUGUCAUUUCCUGGGUGAAGUGUGGGACGGGCCUGCUGUCAAAGGGAGUGCAGCGAUAAGUACCUGCGAUGGACUGACAGGACUUUUCAAGUUGUCAAAUGAAGAGUUCUUCAUCCAACCCCUGGAAACACAUGAUGAGCCCUCAGCACCACAGGCCCAUGCCAUCUUCAAACGUCAUGCUUCCUUCCCAUCUUGGAGUCCAGUUCUACAGCCCAUCUCAGGGAAACAAGCAGUCAACGGUUCCUGUGGAGUCAAAAAUACCCAUCACAGUUUGGAAGAGAUUGAGAGAAAGCGGGAAUACUGGGAGCAGCACCAGAACAGGAGGAAGAGGAGGAUCCGUCAACGCUCCAUCAGCAAAGAGAAGUGGGUGGAAACACUGGUGGUGGCUGACCCUAAAAUGGUGGAAUACCAUGGCAGCAAAGGUGUUGAAAGCUACAUUCUUGCUGUUAUGAACAUUGUAGCAGGUCUUUUUCAAGAUCCAACUAUCGGAAACGCCAUCAACAUUGUUGUGGUUCGACUUAUUUUACUGGAGCAGGAUGAGGAAGACUUAAAGAUUACUCACCAUGCCGACAACAGUUUGAGUAGCUUUUGCAAGUGGCAGAAACGACUCAACAUGAAGCUAGAUGAUCAUCCCCUGCACCACGAUGUAGCUGUUCUUCUUACCAGGAAGGACAUAUGUGCAUCUAUCAAUAUGCCUUGUGAAACGCUGGGUUUGUCCCAUGUGGUAGGGAUGUGUCAAUCACAUCGCAGCUGCAGUAUUAGUGAAGACACUGGCUUCCCAUUGGCCUUCACUGUUGCGCAUGAGCUGGGGCACAAUUUUGGGAUUCAGCAUGAUGGCAAUGGUAACGACUGUGAACCCAUUGGGAAAAAACCUUUCAUCAUGUCUCCGCAGCUGCUCUAUGGCACCUUACUUCCCAGGUGGUCCCGAUGCAGUCGCCAGUAUAUAACGCGCUUCCUUGAUCGUGGCUGGGGUUGGUGCCUUGAUGACGCCCCUGCAAAGGAUACCAUUUCACAAGGCUUGCUGCUUCCUGGGGUUCUGUAUAAUGCUGCCCAUCAAUGCCGGUUGCAGUAUGGAUCUGGUUCCCUGCUGUGUGAUGACAUGGAUAAUGUGUGCAGCACACUGUGGUGUACUAUGGGAAAAACUUGCCACUCCAAGCUGGACGGAGCUGUGGAUGGUACCAGUUGUGGCCAAGAUAAGUGGUGCCUCAGUGGGCAGUGUGUCACAGCCGGACAUUACCCAGACAGUGUCAACGGUGGCUGGGGUACAUGGAGUCAGUGGUCGGCCUGUUCAAGGUCAUGUGGGGCAGGAGUUGAGAGUGCGCAGCGGGACUGUGAUGACCCAGUUCCCAGGAACAGAGGGAAGUACUGCCUGGGAGAAAGACAGCGGUAUCGCAUCUGUAACACAACACCGUGUCCAAACAACAUUCCCACAUUUAGAGAUAUUCAGUGCAGUCACUUCAACAGUGCACUCUAUAAGGGCAAAUUCUACAAGUGGGUUGCAGUGAUUAGCAGAGUCAGUCCUUGUGAACUCCACUGCCGUCCACUGAAUGAACAUUUCUCAGAAAAGAUGCGCGAUGCCGUCACUGAUGGUACUCCGUGUUUUGAAGGCAACAAAAGCCGAGACAUGUGCAUCAAUGGCAUCUGUAAGAAUGUUGGCUGCGACGAUGUGAUUGAGUCAAGUGCCAUGGAGGAUCGCUGCGGAGUGUGUCUUGGUAACGGCUCCACCUGUGCAACUGUGAGGAAAACAUUUGAGGAAAGUGAAGGACUUGGUUAUGUGGACAUUGGACUGAUCCCAGAGGGAUCAUGGGACAUCAGGAUUGAAGAGAUGGCUGAAGCUGGAAAUUUCCUCGCGCUCAGAGGUGACAGUCCCAAUAAGUAUUAUCUGAAUGGUGGCUGGACUAUACAAUGGAAUGGCGAGUACAAGGCAGCUGGGGCCGUAUUUACCUAUGAACGGACAGGCCAUCUGGAGAACCUGACUUCACCUGGGCCCACCAUGGAACCACUGUGGAUUCAGCUCCUCUUUCAAGAAACCAAUCCAGGAGUUCGCUAUGAAUACACAAUCAGUCAAAAUGUUUCUGAGGACAAUAACACCCCUGCUUCCGUUUUCUGGAAGUGUGGUUCAUGGACUGAAUGCAGUGCCACCUGUGGAGCAGGUGUUCAGAGGCAGAUUUUUCACUGUGUAGAAAGAACCAACGGGAUAGUGGAUGAGUCAUUUUGUGACCCUUUAACCCGACCUGAUGACAACCAAACCACCUGUAACAAUGAGCCUUGUCCAGCCAUAUGGUGGGUGGGUGAGUGGCAGAAAUGCUCAGCAAGCUGUGGCAGCACUGGCAUGGCUAAAAGGACCGUGCUGUGUGUACAAGCCAUCAGCGUGGAUGAUCAGAAAGCCCUACAGCCCAGUCAAUGUAAACACAUCCCAAAACCUGAGUCAGUAUUGUCCUGCAACACAGACAUCCCAUGUCCGGCAGAUUGGACCACUGACAGUUGGUCAAAGUGUUCAGUAACGUGUGGAAGAGGAGUACAUCGGCGUAACAUUACCUGCUCCAGAAACACCGGCGUGGACUGCGACCUGCAAAAGAAGCCCCUUACUAUUAGUGCUUGUUCAAUCCAGGACUGUCCACAAGUUGUGGACAAUUUUGGUGAUAUUGACUGGUCUGGAAGUGGAUGGGCAAGCAAAGAAGUGUUUAAUGAAAUUAACUCCAUACCUGUGGCCAAACCAGCUCCAAAAUACAGUACCACCAAAGUCCAAUCCAAAAAUAAUGAUCCAAAUGACUUGAAUAACAUUUUUGAAGACUUUCAUUAUCACAAUAAGAUAGAAAGUGAAGAACAUGCUCCUGAAGUGGAUGACUUUUACUAUGACUACAACUUCAUCAAUUUUCAUGAAGACUUAUCAAAUGAGAGUGGUGGAAUAGAUUCAGGGAACAGUCAGGAAAUUGAUUUUCUGCAAGAGGAAGAGCCAACGGGCAGUAUGAAGGACACCACUCAUUCUUCGAAACCUGCAGAACCACAGAGCAUUAUUAAAGACAAGCUGAAGGACAUAGGAAACCCUGAAAAAGGAGAACCUGCUCAAAAGCAUUCUGGAAAUGUUGAUGACUACCUUGCUGAGGAUUACCUUCUGCCUGUGUCCACCACUCGGUCACCAUCAGAGCAUUCAUCCCGAAAAGAAGGAAAUGAUGAUCUCCUGUGGUCUAAAAACAAUAACACAAGCUCCCCUAUGGAUGACACCACAGGGGAGCCUGCAAAGAGUAGCAAAGUGGGGCAAAAUAGAGAAGAGGCUGAAAAUAACCACAAUUCUGCAGGGGUGGAAAAUCAAACUAAGGAAUUCACUGUCACUCCAUCACAUGCUGUUCCAAAGCCCGGAAUUCAAGGUGAGAACAGUCACAUUGUCACACUGACAGUGAGUCUCCAAGAAGACGACUUACAAUUGCACCAAACUUCCAUCACGCCACAAUUCUCUACUUUUACCGCAGCGCCAGAAACUGUAGGAGAUCAAAUAAAGUCAGAAUUAUAUCUUACUCAAAAUACCAGUGGAUCAACAGUAUUUUCACCUGACCAUAAAUUGGAACAUCUCCAUACGACUCAUCUCAAUACAGACUUGGUUACCAUUAACGAUGAUUCCAGAGUGUCUGACAGUGGCCUCAGUACAACCUCAUUGCCUCCCUCUGAGAGUUGCACUCCUCGACUUUCCUCACAUCUGCUCAUGUCAGGUAAUCAAAAUGCCCCUGAUGACACCAUAUUGUCUGCUGGAACACAAUUCCAGCCACCUAAAAACCAGGACGGAUACACUCAGCCUCCCACACAUGAUUUCCAGCCAGUGACAACAGAACAGACUCUAACCACAGCUUCUACUGAAAGGACUGGAGCAGAUUUCUCUUUGCACCAAUCACCAUUUCCAUUUAAUGACUAUGACUAUGAUCAAAUACCCCCAAUCUUGAGAUCUGGUAUUGCGAGCCAUCCUGGCUCUUCAUACACGACCCAAUUGCUGAACACAGCAGUAACUCCUCAACAUAUGACCACAGAAAAAACAACGAUGAAGGUCUCACCAACCCAGCAUCCACAUCUUUGGCUGCUUCUUCAGACAACAGAACGGACGCCAGCCGCCACACAAGUCGCAGCCUUUUGGGUCACUGGCAACUGGAGCUCCUGCUCCACAAGCUGUGGUCUGGGUGCCAUCUGGAGGACUUUGGCCUGCAGUACUGGCUCCGAGUCAGAUUGCGACCCAGCCAAAAGGCCCACACCUGCCCAACGUUGUUACAUGCGCCCCUGCUCCAUGUGGAGGAUUGGGGAAUGGACAAAGUGCUCCAGGAAUUGUGGAGGUGGUAGAAAAUCCAGAGAAGUCCAGUGUUUCGACAUGCGGGAUCAAAGACCUCUACGACCUUUCCACUGUCGGGCAACGUCCUCCAGGCCACAAAGCCAAAUGUCCUGUAACCUUCAGCCAUGUCUGGACUGGUACACUUCUUCCUGGGGACAGUGUUCAGAGGUUUGUGGCGGUGGAGGACAGCAACGUCUUGUCUCCUGCCCAGAGGAGAAUUUUUGUGACACUGACCUUCAGCCCAGCAACACUCGGCCUUGUAAUACUCAACCUUGUGCUCAGUGGCUAAUUGGAUCUUGGGGUCAGUGUUCGGCUUCCUGUGGUGGUGGGGUGCAGCGGCGACUCGUGAAGUGUGUUAACAUGAAGUCUGAGACUCAAGAACAGGCGGAUCAAAGUCAGUGUGACCAUGAGGUGCAACCUGGGAGCGCACAGAAGUGUAACUUGGAUGAAUGUCAGAAGGACCUUUCUGGAGCAGUGUGUUUCCGUGAUCGUCUCGCAUCUCGCUUCUGUCAGACUCUGCGCUGGUUGGGCCGUUGCCAGUUGCCCAACGUGCGUGCACAUUGCUGCAAAACCUGCAACCAACCGACAAGCCGGGCCAGCAGUGCCAGUCACCACUGAACCAAGAGCAAGGCAACUCAUCAGUGGAUUAUGGAUUUCAUCACCUCAACAGACUGUUUGCUUUACUUCUCUGUUUCGUAGUGGAGGGAAUGUAAAUGAUUAUUUUCACUUAGUAGAUAAUAUAUUGCCCAGAAUGGCAAAACUCUCAGUGACAAAAGGUUACAGAAGCUGAUGCUCUCCCUUCAAUGUAGCCAGCUUAAAUACAGUAUACACACAACGAGACAACCUACAUGGAAACAUUUGUGGUUGGUAGCAGGUACAGUACAAAUAAAUGUAUAAAUUAAAUACAUAAGUACAGUAUGCAUUUACAAAAAGAGAUAAAACAAUGAGAGGUGCUUACAUUCCAUAUUUCUCAGUUUACCAACACAUAGUUACUGCACAAUGCCGUUAACAAAGGUGACUCACAGCAGAUGUGAAAUUCCAAAGUUGGAAAACAAUCGUACAGACAAUUGGGUGAUCGGAAUUGUCUCAACCAUAACCCGCAUGACAGCUCGCUCAACAUCAAACUUAAACCAGUCCAUAGUUGUCAAUCUCAUUACAAAUCUCAGUACAAGUGACAGUGCAAGGUGGUCAACGGCAUCUUCAAUAUCAUUUUGCAAAUUAGUGUGAUACAUUAUAUACUGUAGUGUGCACAUUUUGAAUAUUGCAAUUAAAAAACAUGGUUUAUGGUGCUCAAAAAAGUUCCACAAUUUUAAAAGAAGAAAGAAUUAUGUUCUCACUACAAUAAAUGGAGAAAAUGAGGCUGCAGGACAUUUGUGCUCGAGGCCACAUGGACUCCUAAAUUCAGCUGAGGUGUGGGCAGGCCGAAUGCCUUGAUUAAAUAUUUAAAUACCCUUCAUAACAUUCCUGACUUUUGAUAGUCAAGUAUGAAUAAAAUGCAGCUUUUUAUUACUUAGUUUGAUAUUUCAAGGCUAUAUUACCAUAUGCUUAAUGAAUUAUAUUUCAAUUUUUAUUGAGUCAUUUCUACAGUCAGUGGUAUAUGUAGAAUACAGUGUUCUUCCUUUUUUUUUUGAAAGCUUCUCCGAAACAAUAACAAUUGGCAACUGCAAAGCCUCAAACCUGGUGCUUCUCUAAAAACCUUUUGAUGCAGCAUAAUGGACCAGAAAUACACAGCAAUGUGUCCAAUGAUUAAAGUCUGCGAUAAAUCAAACUGUUUAUAUUGAAAAGAAAGAGACAAAUGGCUUUAUCGCCAACAAGGCACCAAUAAUUUGGUGCAAAGUAACCUCACUCUAAUAUUAGUUUUCUAAAUGUAUGUAUUUUAUAUCCUCACUCAUGGAGGUCAAUAGGUUUUUGACAGCAUUUUAUGCAUUUCUCAGGUAUCUAUUCAACAGCCAACACAGGUAUGAAAUAACAUACAAUAACAUCUCACACAGUCUGAGCAGUCUUAUUUUAUUUGAUGUUGUAAUUUAAUUGAAUGUUAUUCGUGCCAGCAGAACAACCAAAUGAAAUGGAACAAACUUUAAAGCUGUGGCACACUUUUUUUAAAGUGGAUUUUCUCAGCCCUGUGAUUGUGAUUUUAACUUGUUUACACUAUCUGCUGCAGUAAGCAUAACAUUUCUGUCAUUGCUUUGGCAAACCCUGAACACCUUAUAUUGUUAACGCUAGCUUCGGUGCUAAGGUUACUAACAGCUGUGUGUGUUUGUACGUGCUUUGCCACGUGCUAUAAUAAAGUUCCAUUUGAAGACACAUAAAUCAAUUGGCUUAAAGCUGCUGGUCAUCAAAUGCCUUUCUAAGUUUGUUUUACACAGAAGCUUAAACACAAAACAUUCUGCAGAAAAGAAAAUAUUUUUCCUCACUGCUUCUUAUUUUUGUGUGGUAUGCAUUUAUGGAUGUGAAAAUUAUACAUGAUUAAAUGUUUUCACCAUAUACAAUUUAAA